UGCUCACCUAUGUAUUGAAGUCCCUUAAGAAAAACCCUUAAACCUCAUGUUUUUAUAGGUCACUAUAAAAAAUUAAUUCUCUACGAGGGCUUUAAUUUAUCGUACACAUAUUGCGGAAGGUUUGGCCACAAUUUUUGCUCCUGCCCGCAUUUUGUCUAUACACCUCCACCUUACUACCCAUUGCCUCAUCCUCCUUAAAACAUGCUUCCCCUCCCAAGCUUACUCCCACUACCACACUACCAGACACUUAGUUUGAAUCUCCGUGGCACACAGUUUCUUUCCCCAACAAAUUUGGUCGUCCUUCGAAGUCUCGCACCUUCAAUCACAAUCGGGUUCAUACAACUAUGGCUGACCCAUUUCUGUCGACUUCAUCAGACAAUACAACCAAGGCGUCCUCACGCUCUACAGGAAAUAUAUCAACCACGGAUAGCUACACUACGGAGUUAAUAACACUAUUUCAUGGUCUCCAAUUAGUCAACCUUCGAGGUAUUACUCCUCUGGUAAUUGAACUUGAUGCGCUAGAAGUCAUCAACAUGCUCUCUAGACCAAUACCUCGCUACAAUAUUGCAGAUUUCAACUGCGCCAACUGGGUGAUCCACAUGUACUACAUACAUACAGGGAACAGAACAAAGUUGUUGACACGCUUUCUGAAUAUGGUUGCUUACAUUUGACGUCCAACUCCGUCGCUUUUUUCGCUAUCCUUUGCCUUUUGUUCAUGAUGUGUUGCAAUAAGAGCUCUUUUGAAGACUUUAUUUACGACAUGUCACAACUAGUUGUAGUGUGAUAACUAGUUACUCCACGGAUCCCACUUUUUGUAAUGACUCGUCUCCGAGUCCUCCCCCAUCUCCCCUUGGAUUUUUUCAAAAUGUUAUCUAUACCAGCUGACUUCCCUGUAUUUUACCUCCUUAAUAUAAUAUAGUGUAUUUCUGUUGGACCAAAAAAACUAGAUUAUGUCAUGAUCCUCUAAGAAUACUGAACAUUUACAUC